AUGGCGGACCGGAACGGCUUCAGCACCAUUGACACCAAUGGCCCCACGCCGGCCGAGAAGCCAGUCUAUGACCCGGCCUUCACCGACCGGGUCAUUGCCGCCACCGGCCCGAAAGCUAAUCCCCGUCUGGCACAGAUCAUGCCGAGCCUCCUUCGGCACCUUCACGAUUUUGCAAGAGAAGUCGACCUCACUGUCGGCGAAUGGAUGGCCGGCGUACAAAUGAUCAACGAAGCCGGUCAAAUGUCCGAUGACGCCCGCAACGAAACACAGCUCCUUUGCGAUAUCCUCGGUCUAGAAUCCCUCGUCGACGAAAUCACUUCGAAACAGCUGCAGUUGAAGACAACCUCCUCCCUCCAGACUAACCCUACCUCGUCCGCCAUUCUCGGUCCUUUCUACCGCUACGACGCACCGAUUCUAUCCAAUGGCAGCUCUAUCGUAUCCUCCCUCGAUUCUCCCGACUAUCAGAAAGCCUCCACCCACCUCUACGGUCGUGUCCUAGACCAACACGGCCGACCCGUCAAGGACGCCAUCGUGGACAUAUGGCACACCGCACCCAACGGCAUGUACGAGCAGCAGGACGCAAACCAGCCAGAAAUGGACCUCAGGGGACGCUUCCGCACCGAUGACAAGGGGCGGUACUCGUUGUACUGCCUUAAGCCCGUCCCUUACCCUGUACCCAAUGACGGGCCAGCCGGCAAGCUCCUCGAGCUCCUCGACCGACACCCGUACCGACCUGCACACCUCCACUUUAUCGUCUCCGCCGACGGGUACCGGCCCAUCACGACGCAGCUGUUCGACAGCGAGGGCAAAUUCCUUGACGACGACUCGGUCUUCGCCGUGAAAGAGGACCUGAUUGUCAAAUACAAACCUACUGAGUCGGACCCCAAGGCGAAGUGGGCCCUGGAGUAUGACUUUGUUCUGUGCAGGGCUUGA